AUGCGAACCACUAUUGUCUUCGCUAAAGUUGUUACCGAUGUUAUUCUAGUGUAUUUUACAUUUUUGACAUAUCGAAGGGUGCAGCGGAUUGAUGUGACGAAGCAGAAAAAUGAGCGGAAGAUGAUUUGGCUGUUGGUACUGCAUUUUCCGGUGCAGAUUUUGUCGUAUACCUAUCAAUUGUAUACGACGUUUAUGCCAAGUACAGCAGCUGUUGUUGAUUUGGUGCGUUUUUUUGUAUUGUUGUUAUUUGACAUGCGAUUUAUGUUUUGGAAAAAGUCAGAAUAAUAAUUCUAGGUUUACGAAACCUUGGUUGAUUGAUCUGUGGGUAUAUUAAUACUUUUUUUAUCACAAAACAAGAUUUGAAGUUUAAGUUUUUGAAAGUUUAAGGUUAAACCUUCCAAAUCUUAGUUUAAUACAAAGUAUUAUUAUUCCUCGACCCAUAGAUCAAACAACCAAGGAUUCGUAAACCUAGAAUUAAUGUUCUGACUUGCAAGUAUACAUAAUUAAGAUUCUGAUUAUCGAAACUAGUUAUGACGUGGCAAACUCCCGUAUUCAUAACAGUGGUAUACCAGAACGUAAUGAGAAAAAAUUCGGGCGUACCAAAAUUUUUUUUGUUCAGCAAUUUUUGGUACGCCCAAAUACAAAAAAUCAAUAAUUUUGACUUUUUCCCAGUGUUCCCUUUCAGUUUUCACCCAAAUUUUCCAGCUCGACGAGCUCAGUGUACUCGAAUAUAUCAGUGAUGGUUUCUUCAUUGUCUACAUUAAUCCAAGUAUUCGUGUCAAGUUGCUCAAACUCAUGCCAUUUUGCGGAGAGAAGACGAAAACAAUCGCGCGGAAGGACAUUACUACCACUUUUUGAUUUAAUUUGAUUCAAUUUAUAAAAAAAUAGGAAAUAAAUUUGUUUUUUCUCUUGCUCUCAAUGUUUUUUUUCGCACACCUGCGACUUCCGUUGAUCUACUUAAAAAAUCUCCGAUUUUUUUGAAGAUCUGCGUCACGUGCUCGGCUCGAGUCAGAGAUGUGAUUGGAUAUUGCAUGUUGCAGUAUUUUUUGGAGUUUGGCCCGGAAUCUCUGCAAGGCUCUGUUGAGGAUUAUAACCUUCACUUGGCUGAAAAUGACGGGGAAGUUGAGUACGAUCUUCCACCAUUGGAUAGAGCUAAACUAAUCGGACAACUCGGAUUCGAUUGUCUAGGCCUAGUUGGAGCCGAGAGGAAGUCUGGGGGCAAGAAGAAGUCAAGCUCUGUGAUAGCAUAUUUCGUGGAUAAGGAAAGUUAUGUGAUAGAAGUGGAUAAUAUGGAAAAACCGUUGAGAUGGUUGAGAGAUGAGAUAAUGAAGCGAAGGUUGGAAGAUGUCGAAGAUCCGGAUGAUGGGAUCAUUCGAAUCAAGGAAUAUUACAUGGAGACGGUGGAUAAUUUUGAUGUUAGGCUGGAUCUGGAGAUGACGAUAGCGUCGGCGAGGAGUCUGGAAUUUGUGAUGGUUCGCGAGAAAUCGGCAAGGGCCGGUUUUCAUCCGAGAGGUGCGCGAUAUGGACGACAGAUGAGUGCGAUGUUGACACUGAAAAUGCCGAAUAGUCCCAUUCCGGCGGGACCAUCUACACCACUUCCGAAAGUUGUGGAGGAACAUGAGGGUGUGGGCGAGGGGCCGAUGAGACCGAUGUGUGAGUUUGCCACGUCAUAGCUUUGGGGGGGGGGAUUUUCGAUUUUUUUCAUGGAAAAAGCCCUAAAAACCUUUUUGGUCUUGAUUUUCGAAUUUUUGAAUUGGAAACCGCUUUGUCAUUAGAGCGCACUUUGACAUUCUCAUCGAAUUUUCAAAAAAAAAAAUUGAAUUUUUGAGUUUGAAGCGGGAGCGCAUUUAACAUUUUCAUUGCAUUUUUUGAAAAUUUCGAAUUUCCACGCAUACAACCGGUUUAUCAAUAGAGCGCACUUGAAAUCUUCAGACAAAAACAAGAAUUUUUUUAAAAAAAUGCAUAUUUUUAAGUAUAAAAACGAAUUUCUCUAUGGAGCGAACUUUCACAUUUUCGAAAAAUUCAAAUUCUCAAUCAAAAAACCGAUUUGUCAAUGGAGCACACUUUGAUUUUCUCACCAGAAAAUCCAACUUUCUGCCACGUCAUAACCAAAUUUCCAGCACUUUCUUCACCAACUGUAACAUGGUGUGAUGGCGGCGGACAAUUGUCCUGUUUUGUUGUCCAAAGAUGUCACAAGUUCAAGCCGAAUUGGAAGGCCAAAUUAUGUAAGCUUAGAAAAUCUGAAGUUUUAAAUUUCAGCUGAAAAUCUGAAAUUUUGCAGACAUUUAUUGGACCCGUCUCGAAAUCGACAAAUUCAGUGUGGAUAAAAACGCAUUUUUACCGCAGGGUUAUCAGAAAAAGACGAGUGUUCCUUGGGAAUAUGUGGGAGGAGUGAAGGUCAAUCAGAAGGAGCCGAAACGUGAGUUUUUGGUGGCCUAGGGGAUUUUCUAGGUCACGAGCAUUUUUGAAAUGAAAUUUGGAGCAUUUUGAGCCCAAACACAGUGUGCUUUGAGCGCUGGUGGCCUAGAAAACCAAAAAAUGGGGAUUUCUAGGCCAUGAGCAUUUUUGAAAUGAAAUUUGAAGCGUUUUGAGACCAAACACGGUGUGUUUUGAGGGUUGGUGGCCUAGAAAACCAAAAAAUGGGGAUUUCUAGGCCACGCGAACUUUCUAAAUGAAAUUUGGAGUGUUUUGAGCCCAAACACGUUGUGUUUCGAGCGCUGAUGGCCUAGAAAACCAAAUUUUGGGAAUUUCUAGGCCACGUGGAUUUUCUAAAUGAAAUUUGGAGUGUUUUGAGCCCAAACACGGUGUGUUUCGAGCGCUGAUGGCCUAGAAAAACAAAUAUAUGAAAUUUCUAGGCCACGUGGAUUUUCUAAAUUGAAUUAGGAGCAUUUUGAGCCCGAACACGAAGGUUUUUGAACCUGUGGCCUAGAAAACAAAAUAUGAAAUUUCUAGGCCACCGUGUAAUUUUCCAUGAAAAAUUCAAAUUUUCAUCUCAUUUUUCCAGCCAAUCGCGCUGCAACGUGGCAAAUCACAAUAUUCUGGCUGCCCGAAUUGCCAGAAGAAACAAUUUCGAAAAUCGUUGGCGACGGCGGUGAAUGGAGCCUUCAACACGUCUCACAAUUGUAUUCAGAAGUCGAAAAAUGGAAAUCGAUUGUGGUGGAAACCGGGAAAAAAAGAGGAUUGUGAACAGAUUGAAAGUCAGAUUAUGUCGAUUUUGAUGGCUAGAGAAGCGGCUAUUUAUAAGGUUGGCUGAAAAUUUGAAUUUUUCACUGUGGAAACCAGUUUCUCACUAGAGCGCACUUUCUAUUUUUUAUCACAAAUUUUUGAAACGUAUUUUUUCAUGUGAAAAUUUUAAAGCAAAAUUCGAGCGCAUUUGCCACGUCAUAACUAAAUAGCCCCACAUUUUCCAGACCUUCAAUCAUUCCGCAUCCGGAACGCGCAACCCAUCCGCAAGCGCCGAAAACGCAAUGAUGGACUGCGCCGACGCGUUGAUCUCAUCGCCAACUUCCGAAAAACCAUCCGAAAAAUCGACGUCCAAGGAAAAAAUGGGAAAAAUUCGGAAAAUGUCCAGGAUUCUGAUGGGAAAACCUGCGGAAUUUUGA